AAGGGUAUUCAGGUAAACUUGACUUAACGAAACUAAAUCAAGACCUCUUUGAGGUUGAUAAUGAUAUCAAUGUAAAGGUUAAUAAAGAAACCCAUGAUAUUGGCAUACAAGUAUUUGAUAAUAUGUUGCAUACUCCUGAAAGUUAUAUCUAUUUACUUCAAGCGCAAUUGGACAUGAAAAUAAAUGAGAUAGGAAGCCUUAAAAAACAAUUAGAAUAUGCAUAUGACUAUGUAAUAGAAAGCUGA